GUUUCAGAGUCAAUGCAAGACACAUACAUACAGACACAAAAACCAUCUUUAUCAUUGAAGACUCCCCACCCAGCCCCCAGGUCACCGUAAACAGGGACAUGGUGAAGGAGGGGGACUCUGUGACUCUGAGGGAGGGGGACUCUGUGACUCUGACCUGCUCGGCUCCAGCUUCCUGUCCAUCACUCCCCCCGACUCUGUCAUGGACCAUCAGGCUGAGUGACAGUGUCACUGUAUUUCAGGAGAAUGAUGAUCAAACUAAACCUGUAUCUUCUGUUAUGACCUUUACUGCCUCACAUGUCCUCCAUAAGCAGGAAGUCAAAUGUACAGCAGUUUACAGGCUCCAAGCAGAUAACAGUGAGAGGACAUCCCACACAAAUGUAACUCUAAAGGUUCUCUAUUCUCCUAAAAACACUUUGGUGUUAAUUGGAAAAGACGGGAGUCUAACCUGCAGCAGUGAUGCCAACCCAGCAGUGAACAAUUUCACCUGGUAUAAAGUGACUGGGAGUGAAAUUGAAGUUGUUUCAUACACACAGACCCUCACCUGUAAUAUCACUGAGGUCAGUGGACAGUAUUACUGUCAGGCUCAGAAUGAACACGGCCUGCAGAAUUCAAGCACUGUGCAGCUCCACUGUGAAUCUGCCAAAGCUCUGCCCAUUUUGAUUGGCGCUGCUGCAGGGGCUGCUGGGAUGAUUCUCACCUGCAUCUUAGUCUUACUGAUGAUUAUUCUCAAGAAAAGCUGUACUAGACAGAAUCAUGGCAGUAAAAUACAGGAAACAGGAGAAUUAACACUGACAAACCAGGGCUUUGAAUCUGCUGGAGAAACCAGGGGCAUUCAGGACAUGACGUGCUACACAGUGACCUUCUACACUCCCCAGCAUUAAAUGGAUGUCGUGAGAUUGGAGCUGAGGUCCAGAAGGGGCAGGGAGACGUGGGUAUGAAGCCUGGGCCAAAAAGCAAGGGGAGGGAGAAGAGGAGCCAACAGCCUUAGGGUGGCGAAAAUAUAUUACAAUGGAAAAAGGACCAAUGGGAAAGGGACCAAUGGGAAAGGGACCAAUGGGAAAGGGACCAAUGGGAAAGGGACCAAUGGGAAAGGGACCAAUGGGUUUUCAUUAAUUUAUUUGUAAGACAUUUUCUACAAUAUAGUAAAAUAGAAAUUGUUACAUUGUUAAAGCUGAAGUUACAGUAUAUGGUUUUAUACAGGUAGAUUCUAUUUCCAUAAAUAUAUCUUUUAAAUAUUUCACAUAUUACUUUCAAUAUUAAAACACACAACUUGUUACAGAGAAUAAUCAUCAUGACAUUUUUUUAGUCACUUUUUUGAGUCGAAUGAUAUGCAGCCGGGGGAAAAAUGAAGAGACCACAGCAACGUUUUUUUUGUUUCAACUCAUUCUUCAAUGUAUGUGUAUGUGUCUGUGAAUGAUACUUUUUUAUUGCAAACUGCAGCCUGGUUCUUCUCUAUUCCUCAUUAAUGAAGGGCUUCCAACUUGCUUCAGACCUGCUUCUAGGAGCCUGAUACAAACUGUUCUAAACUUAAAACAUUCAGUGGUACCUGGAAGUUUAUGAAUCAGUUACAAAAUUCUAAAUUUCGUUGUUGAUACCUUAACUCCUGCAGGACACUGUCACAUGUACUGUAAUUGACUGGUAUUUUGAAGUUUGACAUACUGUUAAAAAGCUUAGAAUCCUUGAACUCUGUUCUAGAGAAUGGAGCCCUUGGGAUGUUUCCUGCCAAAAUGAACCGUUGCUUUGCAGUGGGCUUCCAUCACACAAACCUCAAUCCCAGCUGCCAUGAGGUCAUUUAUAUGUGAUAGGUGAUGUAAUAGGUGCCCUUAUCUGCUGUCUCUAGGGUUUCAUUCCUUUAUCACGUGUUGCGCAUAAUCAAUGCAGUGCUGCCCCCUCGUGGCCAUCAUGUGCCAGUUCUCCACUUAUGUUUUUAAAUUCCGUUUUCACUUUUAUGUAAUAAAACAAUGUCUUCUGCUGCGAUAUCAAGGCCAAUUAAAAGCAACAUAAUGUGGAUGUUUUGUAACUUUGAGCAUCAAAACAGUGGCGGUGUGCAGCUCAUUAGGUUAGGAUGCUGAGCCUGUGAUCAGAAGGUUGCUGGCUCAGAUCCCAUGGUUGGCAGAGGGAUUUCACCAUUGGGUCCAUCAGCAAGACCGUUUACCCCUGAUUGCCCCAGGUGCAGGCUGACCCUGCUUUCUCAAAUGUAUGCCGCUUUGGAUAAAACCGUGUGGUAAAUAAAUAAAACGUAAAUAAACUGCUAUUUGGGCAGUGUGGAGAAGCAACUGAGAGUUUUUUAUACUGAAGCU